AUGACCUCUCCUCCACCCCCUAUUCCCCCUCGCACCGGCCCCCCUCCAGGGACCUCUCUAAGACGCUCGUCGCCUGACCUGGGGUCCACGGCCAGAAUCUCAGAGUCUGGGACCUACAUGACGGACAUGCAGACCCAGCAUAAUGACAGCAGUGCCCCCUAUGUCUCUCUCUCUCGAGCAGCACUCCCCUCAGUCCCCCUCUCCAGAGCAGCACUCCCCUCAGUCCCCGUCUCCAGAGCAGCACUCCCCUCAGUCCCCCUCUCCAGAGCAGCACUCCCCUCAGGCCCCGUCUCCAGAGCAGCACUCCCCUCAGUCCCCCUCUCCAGAGCAGCACUCCCCUCAGUCCCCCUCUCCAGAGCAGCACUCCCCUCAGUCCCCGUCUCCAGAGCAGCACUCCCCUCAGUCCCCCUCUCCAGAGCAGCACUCCCCUCAGGCCCCGUCUCCAGAGCAGCACUCCCCUCAGUCCCCCUCUCCAGAGCAGCACUCCCCUCAGUCCCCCUCUCCAGAGCAGCACUCCCCUCAGUCACAGCAGAACAGCCGGUGUUCACCUACUCAG